CGCCGCGCCCUCCCCGCCAAUGCCCGUGUGAGCGCCGGCACCUCGCGGGGGCCAUGGAGGGCUCCACCGGCUUUGGGAUCGACUCCAUCCUCUCGCACCGAGCCGGCAGCCCGGCCGUGCCCAAGGGGGACCCGCUGGUGGCGGACGGGCGGUCCCCGCUGGAGCUGAGCCCCCGCUCGGAGGGCAGCAGCGGGUGCCCCUCGCCCCGCUCGCCGGGCCGCGAGUGCCUGGAGGCGGCGGCGGCGCCGCGGCCGGGCCUGGAUGCGCAUCUCCAGCCGGGGCAGGGCUCGGCUCCCUCGCAGUCCCGCACCGUCACCUCCUCCUUCCUCAUCAGAGACAUCCUGGCCGACUGCAAGCCCCUGGCAGCCUGCGCGCCUUACUCCAGCACCAAUGGACCUCACGGCGGGCAGGAGCCGGCGGGCAGGAUCCCCACCAAGCCCGGCGAGGAUUUUAGGGAGAAAAUGGAAAAAAACACCAGCAGCUCCUCCUCGGACUCGGAGUACAAAGUGAAAGAAGAAGGGGACCGAGAGAUCUCCAGUUCCCGGGACAGCCCCCCGGUGCGGCUGAAAAAGCCGCGCAAAGCCCGCACCGCCUUCACCGACCAUCAGCUGGCCCAGCUGGAGCGCAGCUUCGAGAGGCAAAAAUACCUGAGCGUGCAGGACAGGAUGGAGCUGGCCGCCUCCCUCAACCUCACCGACACGCAGGUGAAAACGUGGUACCAGAACAGAAGGACCAAGUGGAAAAGGCAGACGGCGGUGGGCCUGGAGCUGCUGGCUGAGGCUGGCAACUACUCAGCCCUGCAGAGGAUGUUCCCCUCGCCCUACUUCUACCCGCAGAGUUUGGUCUCCAACCUGGACCCCGGCGCCGCCCUGUACCUGUACCGCGGCCCCAGCGCGCCGCCCCCCGCCCUACAGAGACCCCUGGUGCCCCGCAUCCUCAUCCACGGACUGCAGGGCGGCAGCGAGCCCCCGCCGCCCCUGCCCCCGCUGCCCGGCGUCCUGCCCCGGGCCGCGCAGCCCCGGUGAGCCCCGGUGAGCCCGGGCAGCCCCACGGGGCCGGGGGAGGCUGGAGGGGAACACCCCCCAGCUCUGGGGCAGCGAGCAAGAGACAGAGACAGACUCCCGCUCAUCCCCAAAUAUAUAUAUAUAUAUAUAUAUAUAAAAUUAUAAAUGAGACCAUCCCCUCCUUUUUUAAAAUAAUAUAUAAAGAACGCAAGGAUCCAAGGACAGGCUUGGCAGGACGGAGCCGCCCCUCACCCCGCGGGGCGUUCGCCGCCUUUUACCCCCUUUGUGCCCCCGAGGGGCAGCGGGGCCGCUGCGUGUCCCCAACCCCGGCCUGGACGGCGCCGGGAGCACGGGCGGGGGGCAGAUGCUCCGGGGGGGCUUCGCCUCUGCGCCCCCUGCCCAGGAACAGCCAGGGGAGCCGAGGCACCCCCGCCACGGGAGAGCCAUCCCCGCCUUCUCCGGCCCCCCGAGCCCGCCGGGAAGGAGCGCGGGGUGAGCGGGCCGAUGGCCCCAACGAGACUUUGGGACAUCCGUAACUUCAGUUUAAACUUAAAAAAAAAAUUAAAAAAAAAAAAAGGAAAAAGAAAAACAAAAAAAGCGCGGUGGAAUGUAAAUACGGUGCAAAAUGUAUAUGAAUUAUUUAUUUGUGAACCCUGAGGGCGUAUUUGUGUAAGUGAUUCUUGUCAGUCUGUAUCCCGGGGCCGGCCCGGCCGGGCGGGGGGCGCGGGGGGGUCUCGGGGCGCCGC